GCCCCGCCCGGCGCGCGCCGCCCCCCGCCCGCCCCCGCCGCCCGCCCGCGCGGAGCCUCCUCCCCGCCCAGCGCCGGCCGAGCGGCGGCGGCGGCGGGCCGAGGAGGAAAGAUGGCGGCGGGCUCUGAUCUGCUGGACGAGGUUUUCUUCAACAGCGAGGUGGACGAGAAAGUGGUGAGCGACCUGGUGGGCUCGCUCGAGUCGCAGCUGGCGGCCAGCGCGGCCCACCACCACCACCUGGCGCCCCGCGCGCCCGAGGCGCGGGCCGCGGCCGCCGGCGCGCUCGGGAACCAUGUCGGAGCCGGAGCGGCCGUGCCGGCCGAGGGCGCGCCCGCAGCGGCGCCGGAGCCGCCCCCCGCAGGUAGAGCGAGGCGCGGCCUGAGCGCGGGCGGGCGCCCGCCGGGCCCGUGUCCUCACCGCGCCGCUCCGCUUGUCCCCGCAGGGCCCGCCACCAAGCUGAGCGCGCUCGAGGCCGGCGCGGGGGCCGCGGCAGGCGCGGGCGCGGCGACGGGGCCCGGGGCCUGCGCGCCGGGGGCCGGAGCCGGUGCCGCAGCCGCGGCCGCGCCCGAGCCCGCCGCCAAGCCUGCUGCAGCCGCCCGCCCCGGCGCCGCGCAAACUUUGAAUGGGAGCGCCGUGCUGGUGAACUCGCACCGAGCUGCCGCCGCACCUGCCGUCAGCCUGCUCCACAACGGGCCUGCGCCCGCGCCGCCGCCCAAGCCCGCCGCCACUGUCAUCCAGACGCCGCCCUUCCUCAGCGCCCCUGCCGCGCCCGCACCCCGCGCCCCCUCGCCCCCCGCGCCCGCCGCCGCGCCCCCCGCGCCCCCCGCGCCCGCCGCCGCUCCUCCGCCGCCGCCCCCCGCCGCCGCCAGCCUGGCUCGGCCGCCCGGCCACCCGGCUGGACCCCCGGCGGCCGCGCAGAACGGCGGCAGCGCCGCGCCCCCUGCGCCCGCGCCCCCCGCCCCCCCCGCCCCGACCCCCGCGCCCCCCGCGGCCCCCACGCCCGCCGCCAACAGUCAGCCUGGGCCCACCGCCGCUGCGCCCGCGCAGGUGGCCAAGGCCGAGUCGCCCAAGACCGCGGUGGCCGCGGCGCCCCCGCCGCCGCAGACCCUGGCGGCCAGCUGCCCGACCGGCGCGGGGGCCGGCAUGAUCCUGGGGCCAACUAUGCAAGGGGCGCUGCCCGCCGCCGCCGGCAUCCCGCCGCCGGCCCCCGGGACCCCCACCGGGAUGCCCAAGGGCCCCACCGCCGCGGUGACCCCGAGCCUGUCCAGGACGCCCACGGCCGCCGCCAGCGGGAUCAGGGCCACACUCACGCCCACCACGGUCCUCGCCCCCCGCCUACCGCAGCCGCCCCAGAACCCGACCAACAUCCAGAACUUCCAGCUGCCUCCAGGUAUGGUUCUCGUGCGGAGCGAGAAUGGACAGCUGUUAAUGAUUCCUCAGCAGGCCUUGGCUCAGAUGCAAGCCCAGGCCCAUGCCCAGGCUCAGCCUCAGACCACCAUGGCACCCCGCCCUGCAACCCCCACAAGUGCCCCUCCUGUCCAGAUCUCUACCGUGCAGGCACCAGGGACACCUAUUAUUGCACGGCAAGUGACCCCAACCACCAUAAUUAAGCAAGUAUCUCAGGCCCAGACAACGGUACAACCCACCACAGCAUUACAGCGUUCACCCGGAGUGCAGCCUCAGCUAGUCCUGGGUGGCACUGCCCAGACCACUGCACUUGGCACGGCGACAGCAGUUCAAACAGCGACACCUCAACGAGCAGUGCCAGGGGCCACCACCACAUCUGCAGCCGCCACGGAAACCAUGGAAAACGUGAAGAAAUGUAAAAAUUUUCUAUCUACGUUAAUAAAACUGGCUUCAUCGGGUAAACAGUCUACAGAGACAGCGGCUAAUGUGAAAGAGUUAGUACAGAAUUUACUGGAUGGAAAAAUUGAAGCAGAAGAUUUCACUAGUAGGUUAUACCGAGAACUUAAUUCUUCACCUCAACCUUACCUUGUGCCUUUCCUGAAGAGGAGCUUGCCUGCCUUGAGACAGCUGACCCCCGACUCCGCAGCCUUCAUCCAGCAGAGCCAGCAACAGCCGCAGCCCACCUCGCAGGCCACCACAGCACUCACGGCUGUCGUGCUGAGUAGUUCAGUCCAGCGCACAGCCGGGAAGACAGGGGCCACUGUGACCAGCGCCCUCCAGCCCCCUGUCAUCAGCCUCACGCAGCCCACACAGGUGAUCCAGCAGCCCCCAAAGCCUGGGGCGCUGAUUCGCCCUCCACAGGUGACUCUGACGCAGACGCCCAUGGUCGCACUCCGACAACCACACAACCGCAUCGUGCUCACCACGCCCCAGCAGAUUCAACUGAACCAGCUGCAGCCAGUUCCCGUGGUGAAACCUACUGUGUUACCUGGAACCAAAGCUCUUUCUACUGUUUCAGCACAAGCAGCAGCUGCACAGAAAAAUAAACUCAAGGAGCCUGGGGGAGGCUCAUUUCGGGAUGAUGAUGACAUUAAUGAUGUUGCCUCGAUGGCUGGAGUAAACCUGUCGGAAGAAAGUGCAAGAAUAUUAGCUACCAAUUCUGAACUGGUGGGCACCCUGACACGGUCCUGUAAAGAUGAAACCUUCCUCCUCCCAGCACCUCUACAAAGAAGAAUAUUAGAAAUAGGUAAAAAGCAUGGCAUAACGGAAUUACAUCCAGACGUAGUAAGUUAUGUAUCACAUGCCACGCAACAGAGGCUACAGAACCUUGUAGAAAAAAUAUCAGAAACGGCUCAGCAAAAGAACUUCUCUUAUAAGGACGAUGACAGAUAUGAGCAGGCAAGUGAUGUCCGGGCUCAGCUCAAAUUUUUUGAACAGCUUGAUCAAAUUGAAAAACAGAGGAAAGAUGAACAGGAAAGAGAAAUAUUAAUGCGAGCGGCAAAGUCUCGAUCUAGACAAGAAGAUCCAGAACAAUUAAGGUUGAAACAGAAGGCAAAAGAGAUGCAACAACAGGAGCUGGCACAGAUGAGGCAACGAGAUGCCAACCUCACAGCAUUAGCUGCUAUUGGGCCGAGGAAGAAGAGGAAAGUUGAUUCUCCAGGGCCGGGAUCAGGAACAGAGGGGUUGGGUCCAGGCUCAGCGGUCCCAGGCAGCUCCGGCGUGGGAACCCCCAGGCAGUUCACACGACAAAGGAUCACGCGGGUCAACCUCAGGGACCUCAUAUUUUGUUUAGAAAAUGAGCGUGAGACAAGCCAUUCACUGUUGCUCUACAAAGCAUUCCUUAAGUAGCACAGGAUGACGGCAUCUCAGGUGGGGACACCUGGGGACGCUUUUAUAUAUUUACAGAUUACGCCUUUUUGUAACAAGCAAAUGGGAUAUUGUUUAAAAAACAGCCACCUCUUUACAAUGGAACAGUUUUAUAUUCCUGUUUCUAAGUCAACUCUUCAGUGGAAGAAAACACGUUUCUGUAACAGAAUACAGAGGCCUGUGGGUACUUUUAAAGGACAAUUAAAUCUUAACUCAUCUUUGAUUGAGUGGCCUUCUUGCCAAACAAGCCAUAUAUAAAAACUGAUGGAAUCGUUUAGCAAAUAAUUAGCUGCCCUCUGUCACCUGUAGCAGUUUUUACAUUAUUUGUGUAUUUUGGUUUUCAGUUCAACCUAACUUACUACAUAAGGGUGUGUCUACAGCCAAUGACCUCAUUUCAUUCAUUUUAUUUUUGUAUUAGUCAGUUGGCAAAGCAAACUGAUUUUUUAAGAGUAUUUAUCUUCCCCACCCCAUUCAGAAUUCUCGAGGAAUACACAAUUCAUGUCACGCCCUUGCCUCGGAGUUGAAUCCCUUUCUGCUUCAUGGAGCUCGGCUACGGUGGGCCCCUUCUGAAUGUGUGUCGGCAUCUGUACAAAUGCAUUUUAUUUGCUAUAGUUUGUAAAGCUGUAAAGUUAAAAGAAAUGAAAACCUUUUCAGCAUAAAUAUAUUUUACUUGCACUGUGUUUUUUAGCUAAAAGUGAAAACUUAGAUGAAAUAAAAAUCAAAGUUGAGAAGAAUCAUCAAAAGACUGUUUCUCAGUGUGAAUCAAGUGUUGAAAAAUGGUUGGUGUAUUUUGUCAGUAAUUGUACAUAAUUUUUGGCACAUAACAUAAAAUGGCUAUGUAAACUAUAAUUAUUUUGCUAAGAGACUGUAUGCAAGCUGUGGGCCAACUUUACAGAUGUCCAGAGCAAAGCCCCUUCUUUGUACCUAUUUUUUUAUUACAAAUAUACUAAUUGGUUCUUUAUAUUUUCAGAGGUUAUUGUAUUAAAUUGUCUAUUGAUAGUACUUUUAUGACUGUACAUACUCUGGCUUUCUCCGUGUGGAUUCUCACGGCAGACUUUAAUUCGCGCGCGUGUGAACUGAAUGCUGAUCAGUAUUUUUUAUCAACACCUGAGAACUGUUACACCUUUUAUUUUGUCUUUUAGGGAAUCCCUGUCUUUCCAUUUUUUCAUGUAAAUUUUGCACAGUUACUUGUUCAUAUGUAAAUAUUUUACUUUCAAAAAUGAAGUUUUUAAUUGCUAUUGUUUUAUAUAGGAUUGAAAGAAAAUUAACUCCUUUAUUAAAAACAAAUUUAUCUGUA